CUCUCACAAUCUCCUCUCACAAUCAAGAUGCCGGAAAAAUGGGAAGGAUCAGUGAGGAUGUGGGACGGUCCAGUUCCUGCAGCACAAGUACCAGACCCCAGUGAUCACUUGCAAUACAUGCGCCUCGCCUUGGAUCAAGCUCAGGAGUCACCACCAAAGCCAACGAACUUCUGUGUUGGAGCCUUGCUAGUUGACGAAGAGACUGGCACCAUCCUGGAGAGAGGUUAUACCUUGGAGUGUGAAGGCAAUACCCACGCUGAGCAGUGCUGCUUGAUGAAAUUUGCAAAGAGACAUGGACUACCUGAAGAGUCUGCAGGCGAGGUGUUACCAGCAAGCACCGUCAUCUACACCACCAUGGAACCUUGCAAUAAGAGAUCAGUGGGCAACGUACCAUGCGUGGAUCGUCUCAUCCGCACGAAGGGUUCAGAUGGGCAAUCCAGGAUAAAGAAAGUCUAUCUUGGAGUCAAAGAGCCGGAAAAGUUUGUUGGCGCCAAUGAGGGUAUUGCGAAGCUACGGGAUAAUGGCAUCGAAUGCAUACACGUACCCGGUUUGGAGGAACGUAUUUUGCAGGUCGCCACUGCCGGGCAUGAAAGGUGAAGCUUAUCGAAUAUCGAGAGUUGGAUCAACGUAAUCUGAAAUACUGAAAGACCACCAUACCAUUACAUCUCCGUAUCACCGGAUCAAGCCAUAUCCUCACCUUUGCUCCUAACAACUUCUCGUUGCUCUACGAGGUCAUCCAUUUCAACCUCGUCACACCUUCUGGUAUUGCCUCUCCUCCUCUUCUUCAGGUUUAGCUCGUACCGAAACCUAUUUUAUCGACCCGCCUUGACGUCCUGUGCGCAUACGGUGCUGACUGGGCGUUUGUUGAGUUGUGGAUUGUGCUCUGGACGCAAUGCUCGCUUUCUGAGCAGCUUCCAGAGUCUCUGCGUCGGUUUCAGUCGGAAGGGGACUCGACGGCAUUAAUGCCAUGAAGAUAGAUGCUAGUCGCCGUUGAUGAUUGCUGACUUUGGUUGGAGCAAUGGAAUGUC